AUGUUGUUCAAACCUGUUGGAAUUGCUGCUGCUUUUAUUGGGUCUCUUUCUUGUGUUCAAGCUGGCUAUAGUUCAGGCGGACCUAAUGUUUUCUACUACUGGGGACAAAAUUCAGCUGGUGGUGGUUCAACUCAGGCCUCUUUGGCUACUUAUUGUAAUUCAGGACAAGCCGAUGCUCUGAUUCUUUCUUUUCUCAAUAUCUUUAAUGUGGGAGGCGAUCCUGGUUUGAAUUUGGCUGGUGCAUGUGAAACAACCUUUUCAGGCACAAAUUUGCUUAAUUGCCCUGAUAUUGGCAAAGAUAUUGAAUCAUGUCAGUCCAAAGGUGUGAAAAUCAUCUUGUCUUUGGGUGGUGCUGCUGGUUCUUAUGGCUUCAAUAGCGAUUCACAAGCUCAAACAUUUGCUAGCACCCUCUGGAAUUUAUUUGGUGGAGGAUCAGCUACAAAUCGUCCUUUUGGUGACGCUCAGAUUGAUGGUGUUGACCUUGAUAUUGAGGGUGGUGGAUCUACAGGCUAUGCUACGCUUGUUACUUCGCUUCGCUCCAAGUUUGGUUCUAGCUUUUUAAUAGGCGCUGCACCUCAAUGCCCUUUCCCUGAUGUUAUUCUUGGUUCAGUCAUCGAUGCAGUUAGCUUCGACUAUGUCAAUGUUCAGUUUUAUAACAACUACUGUUCUGCUGCUGGCGGCUCAUUCAAUUUCGAUACCUGGGCCAACUGGGCUCAAUCUACUUCACCCAACAAGAACGUCAAGGUUAUGUUUACUAUACCUGGUUCGACUACUGCUGCAGGUACUGGCUAUGCCCCUAUCUCUACUAUUCAAAGCAUUGUGCCUCAAUUGGCCUCUCGUUAUCCUGGUACAUUUGGUGGUGUUUCUGUUUGGGAUGCUUCUCAAGCUUGGAAUAAUGGUAACUUUGCCUCUACUUUGUACAGCACUGUGAAAUCAGGUGGUAAUGGUAAUGGUGGUGGCGGUGAUAAUCAGCCUGGUCAAACUACCACUCGUCUUCCUACAACCACAUCUGCUACUAAGACAGCUACUUCUGUCGGCCUUCCUACUGCUACUUCAUCAUGUGCUUCUUCUGGUCAAUCGUGUUCCAACAAUGGUCAAUUCGUCUGCACAUCGGGUGGAGGCUAUGCAGUCUGUGAUCAUUCAAAAUGGACCGUGGGUUCUUGUCCUUCUGGUACGACCUGUAUUCCUACCACAGAAGGCAAUUCAGUCUAUUGUGGUUAUGCUAAUGGAUCCAAUGCUUGUUCUGCUGUUAGCUCAAUUCAACGCUUGCACAUCACCUUCAACAGCAAGAACUCUGUUAUUCCUAAACCCUACAAGGCUUCUCAAGUUUAUGCUCAAUUGACUGUAGCUGAUGCGACUACUAAAGAAUUUGAAGUUGUACUUAAUGCCCGUCGUACUAAUCCUACUCCUUUCAAAAAGUCGAUUACUGUCGAAUUCAAUACUCCUAGCAAUAUCAAGUUUACAGAUGUGAGUUCAGGUACUAUCAGACAAGUCGGUAACAGUGUCCGUAUUCAAGCCCAAAAUGCGUAUAAUACAAGCAUGACCUUCGUCUUGACUCUGAAGGGUUCUGUUCAAUCAGGUGUCUUUGUUGCUCCCAACCCUGCUUCAGUUCGCUUCAAGUAAAAGACAUAGAAAGAGAGAGAGAGAGUACCGUCUGGCAACGGCA